GCCUUCCACAGAGUUCAACAGCCAAGAGCAGAAGAAAGAAAGAAAGAAAGAAAGAAGCAAUUCAUGGGCAAGUCAGUUUUUCACCCACCCAUGUCAGUCAAGCUGCAUAUGGAAAAAAAGAACGGGUAAUAAAAGGGCAGUGUCUCUGGUGGAUAAGAACAAGCCCUUACUGCAAGAGGACAUGUGAAACUCAGCAACCUGAGGCGUUGCCCAUUCCGUAUCAAAUACAGACUCUGGGGAUGAAACAAGAUCCAGGCUCCAAUAAAGUGGACUAUUUCCAAGCAUCUGAGAAGGUUUGGACAGCUGUGAUAGAAUGAGAAGUCUCAUAAUCCGGGGUGAGAAAAGAAAAGAAAGUCGAAAACCACCUCUCACCUAGAAUGAAGCCGAUAAGCCAAAAGGAUAUAAACAAGAUUACUGAGAUCUCCUGGAAGAGCUGCCCAGAUGGCUCGAGGACUGAAGAAACGCCAGUUUCAAGACUUUUUACUGGGCCUACUUGCACAGAAGAGUUUGCAGAAGCCAACAAGGCAACAAUGAAUAUUUUGGGGCUUCAAGACAGCUUGGAACAAGGCCAAAUGAGCAACUGUAGUGAGUGUUUUCUCUCAAGGAAUGACCGCUCAACAAAUCACAGUCCCUUGCAGUGCCACUUCAUCAGUAUACAGCAGCAGAUGGCCAGGCAAAAGGCAGAAUAUGAAGAUAAGAUUCUCAGCCUAGAGCAACGGAACAAAGAACUGCAGUUAGAGAUUAAGGAUCUGCAUUCAAAAUUGGGUCAGCAACGGAAGUGGUAUAAUUUGGUGGAAAUUAAAAUACGCAAUGCAGAGAUGGCACGCGAAGAGGCAGAGAGGCGAAAUGAAACGCUUCAGAGGGAAAUGGAGGAGUUUUUUGAUACUUUUGGAGAAUUAACCAAUGAAAUGAAGACACCACCACAGCAAAUUGCUCAGAAUUCUUAGAGGUUAGCGGGCAUCCGUUUCAGCUGAAGAAAACCUGAUUACUUCAGUUUAAAUGCAAAGGUGAACCCUGGACAUUUUCUUCUCACAGCAAUAAAAUCAUAUUAUACACUAUCCAUCCUGCUUAUAUUUUUAAUGUAACAAACAUUUUAAUUUUAUUGUAGUGUGUGUUGUGCAGAUGUUUUAGAAUUUAGAUUUACACCCUUUAGAAGUGGAUUUUUAAAAGCAAUGAGUAAAAGAGCAAGAAUUGGAAUGAUGAAGUGGAUUUGACAGGGGUGGGUGGGCGGCGUGUAGGUUAUAGAAAGAGCAAGAGGGCAGGAGUUGUAAGAAUAGCUCUCAUUCCCUGUCUAAUAGCAGAGAGAGAGGGGAAAGAAGUCACUUUGGAGAGGCAUCCUGAGAUUUCUUAUAGCAUUUGACUCCACACACUCCCUUUUUGGAGCCACAACUCUUCCCUAGCUGCAAAUGAGCUGGAUUGCCUAUGCCCUUCCUACAGCAAAAAAUGUCUAUAGCACAAAGCCAUUGCUUUCGAUACAGCUAUUGUAGCCUUGUCAGAAAAGCAGCACUGCAGAUUUUUGAACUCCAAGACAGAAUGCACACACAAGUCACGCUGCAUAAACAUGGAGAUCUCGUUUCUGGCUCUGUAUCUAAUGAUGGGAAAUAUGCUUUGUGAUAGGUGACUCAGUGGAGGUAUUAUUUGACAGGAAGUACUUACGGAAGGGGUCUGUUGCAAUUUGGGAAUUAGAAGGGAAGGGGCCAGAUUCCCCAUGCAGGGACUCAGACAGAUCAGUCGGGCAACAAAAGUGAGAGAAGACAGGGCCCCUCCCUGUCAUAGGGCCAGGGGAAGCAUUCCAGAGUUUUAGCCAUUAGCAGAAGAAGAGGUGUUCACAACUACCCAUAUUAUGCCAAUUGGAAUGGUGGAAGGAUGCCUUUCCUUUCCAAAGUCGAUCUCACUUUGUGAGUUACUUUUCUGAAUUCUAUUAUUACUAUCCCCAAAUUAUAACAGCAUGAAAUCUGCAAAAAUAUUACCAAAUUUGAUAUGCAAAAAAUGUUUUGAAUUUUGAAGUAUUAAUGGAGAACAUUAAUUUUCCUUGGAUAAAGAUCCUUGGGGCCUUCGUGAAACUUUGAACUUCUUGCUGAGUUUGACCUGUAAAUGUCAUGGGGAUAUUUUCUGAAAUGACUAAGUAUUUUCCAUUUGUAACAUUGUACUCAUGUACAGCACCCCCAAGAAUACAAAUACUAUUUAUAUACCACUUUUCAACAAAAAGUUCCCAAAGUGGUUUACACAGAUACAAAUAAAAUUUUAAAAAUGGUUCCCUGUCCCCAAAGGGCUCACAAUCUAAAAAAAAGAAACAUAAGAUAGACACCAGCGACAGCCACUGGAGAGAUGCUGUGCUGGGGAUGGAUAGGGCCAGUUGCUCUCCCCCUGCUAAAUAAAGAGAACCCCCACUUUUAAAAAGUGCCUCUUUGCU